AAACAAGCAACCAGUGUGGACGAACCUGCGGGAGUGGAGGCAGUGAGAGCCGUAGAUGUCAUCAGGUUGCCACAACUUUAAGGACCGCGGCACAAAGGGGGCUACAGCAGCCGAGGAGACCCUCAGCACACACUCUCCUGCGAUACUGUGUCUGCCUGAUUGAUGCCAGGACGUUUUUGAGCCGCUUCUUUCAUUUUUCCUCUGUUAUUGGUCUCGUGUCUCCUCCGGCCGACCAAUGCUUCUGCACCAGUUCAUGAACGAAGUCAUGCAUCCCACGGCAAUUCAAAAAGACACUACUUUUACAAAGAUUUUUGUGGGCGGGUUGCCUUACCACACGAACGAUGCCUCCUUGAGAAAAUAUUUCGAGGCCUUUGGAGACAUAGAUGAGGCUGUGGUGAUAACGGACAGGCAGACCGGCAAAUCCAGAGGAUACGGCUUUGUGACAAUGACAGACCGAGGAGCGGCAGAGCGGGCCUGUAAGGACCCCAACCCCAUCAUCGACGGGAGGAAGGCCAACGUCAACCUGGCCUACCUGGGUGCCAAGCCCCGCAGCAUGCAGACAGGUGAGGACAACAUGGGCAUAUCCAUCGGAGUGCAGCCCAUUCACCCAGCACUCAUCCAGAGGCAGUAUGGGUUGGCCCAGCAGUAUCUCUACCCACAAGCCUUUGUCCAGCCCAGCCUGGUCCUGCCCACUCAGGUUUCCACCUCUGUCAACACCACCCCGUACCUGGACUACAGCGCAGCCUACACCCAGUAUGCCCAGGCCGCUUUUGACCAGCAGUACCCCUAUGCUGCCUCCCCGGCCGGCUUCCUCGGCUACAGCUACGCCCCGAGUCCCACGGCCUCCGCCGGCCCAGCCGCUGCAGCCACAGCCCCGGCCACUGUCCACCCCACCCUCCCCUCCGCCGCCGGCCCAGCUCCGGCCUUCCUGCACUACGCCCCACAACAGCACGUCCAGCCAGACCGCAUGCAGUGAGCCGGGGAGGGAGGAGAGAGAGGGCAGCGGUGGUGACGGUGGAGCUUUGGACCCAGGAUGGGGGUGAUGCCCUGUAUGGGUUGAACCUGCUGUCGUCGUCGCCAGCAGGGGCUUUCAGGAAAAAGGGUGGGACUAUUGCACUACACCAUCAGGAUAUGAGCCCCUUCCUCAUUGGUCGAGGGGUCGAGGGGUGGGAGGGGUAUUAGGACUGUCAGGGUUCAGGUUGGGAAGCUAAACGGCAUAAAAUAUGUGGUCGCUUCCACCGGCUUACAGAAGCUGACACUUCAAUUUUUUUAUUAUUAUUCUUUAUUAUUUUAUUAAUGUCAUUGUCAAUGUUUGUACGCCGUUUUAUUAUCAAUGUUAUCUUUUUUAUGUUUUUUUUUUUUUUUUUUUGGCUCAGUCAGUGUAAGUCAUGAAUGUCAAUGGUACAUACCGAUGUUUGGAGAGCUUUCUGGGACGUGUACCCCCUCCUCCCCCGCAGCUCCUGAGCGUGGGGUCGGAUAUGAAGGGCAUUGCUGCUUUAGGACACUGGGGUUAGACAGAGGUGGGCGCUGGUGGUGCGAACAGGGUGUUGAUUUGGAAGGCACAGAGCCACAAGCUACAACCUUACCAGCAUAUCUACGGUCGCAUCCUGUUUCCGUCCACGCCGAGGCAGAGGACAAGGCCGUGAACAAAACCCCAGCGUUCAGCUCCACACAAGAGGAUGACAGCGACUCUGAUUUCACUGACAGCAGAUUUCAGUUCACGAAAAGGACAAAAUGGAAAGUUUCAGUAUAAGACUGUGGGGGAGUCAUCCCCUUUUUUCAUUCUUUUUUUUUCUUUUUUAAAUUAAAGAGGCCUUAAUAAAACUCCUUUUUGAAUCUCCUCUUUUUUUUUUCUUUCCAUAAGCGCUCCCCCCACACCAGCCACCCACAGUACCAAGAUCCAUCCUAACUUGCCUGACUGUUUCCAGCUGUCAAGACACAUUAAUCUGGCUCAUUUGGGUCUUGAUGAUUUUCGAUGGAUGUAGAUAAUCAUAUGCAGUAUGUGGGCAAUGGGGACAAAAAGCGCCAGGUAUUGACAUUGGAAGGUAGCUGACACUGAGCUCGAACACCAGUGUAUUCUUUAUUUUUCUAUUUUCUUUCUAUUUCUUUUCUGUUAAGCUAAGAUUGUCACAAACUAUUUCUCUCAAAAGGACAUUCAUGUAUAGCAUUUUAAGUACAAUUACAAUAUUUAUGUGUCGGUAUUUAUAGGAGGUACUAAGUUAAAAAAAAAAAAUGCUUUUUUUGUUGACUAUAGUUGUGGCACUGAAGUCAUUUUACUUGCGGAAGCAUACCUGUAGAUCCACAGAUAUGAUUUCUUAGUCUUUUUUUUUUUUAAAUCCUGUCACCAUAUCUGUGGAUUUUCUUGUGUGCACAGCAACUAGAUGCUCAUUUGUAGCCCCCUGACUGGUUGGAUGAAAGAUGCCCAGUAGAUUUUUUUUUUUUUUUCAGUAAAAUGUCUUUUACAGACCUUUCAAAGAAGCCAUACCAAAAAAAUAAAUAAAUAAAUAAAAAAUUUGUAUUUAAAAUGCCA